AUGACCUUAUCCGACCAAUGGGGAUGGCACGAGCGGAUGGGUUGGAAAGAGGAUCGGACAGCUCUGGCUGAUCUUGGAGAGCUCGCAGAGCAAAGGUAUCGAUUAGGGUUCGAGAACACCCAAGAGGGCAAGACGCAAUAUUUUGAACGACUGCGAACGUUCGCAGCACAUCUUCCGAGCGACAAGUCUCCACAUCUGAGUGCUUCCAUCGAGGCGCAUCUCCCACCGUUCAUGAAGCCGACCUAUCUCUCUCCUGCCGAUUCGUCAUUCCGUCCUCCGGCCAUGAUUUCAUACAAGAAAAUCCAUCAGACAGACAAGAAGGACAACCAUCAAAAAGCCACGGAAGAAUGGAUUGGAAUGAAUGAGGUUGAUGGCUGGAAGCUCAACUUUCUAGACGACGAUCGAGCUUCAGCCUGGGUCGAGGAACAAUUCCGAGACAGUGAUGUCUCCUGGGCUUGGCAGUACAUGCACCGAGGGGUACUGAGGGCGGACUUCCUCAGAUACCUCCUCCCAUUGCUUGAAGGAGGAGUCUACUCUGACGUCGAUACCACUCCGUUGAGACCGAUCGAGCAAUGGGGCCGUGUCAACGUGGAAAAUCUCGAUAUUUCCAACACGGACGGACCGGAUUGGGAGGCCUCCAUAUCAACAUUCCCUUCUGUUGUCGUCGCUGUGGAUGUCGACGUUCACAAACACCCGACUUGGAUGGAUGGCUGGCCAAGACCGUUAGGCAUCUGUCAGUGGACACUGUCCUCAGCUCCGUAUCAUCCAAUAUUCAUCGAUGCCGCAAGACGAGUGGUCAAUGCUACUCGCGUGAUCGAGUCAUGGGAGACGUGGAGAUCUCACGAAAUCUCCCGUUUGGAAUCUACACAGACACCAGAUGACUGGCAAGAGAGGGUUUCAAAACUACGAGACAUGGGCUGUAGCAACGUCAUGUCUGUCAUGGAAUGGACGGGACCAGGUCUUUUUUCAGAUUCGGUCUUGAGCUACCUGCUUGCCCGAUACGAUGUCAGCUGGCACAGACUCCGCGGACUCAAUCAUCCGCUGCGGAUAGGCGACGUCAUGAUCCUACCCAUAACCGCCUUUUCGCCAGGAGGUCAACCUGAUUUUGGCGCAGAGGGAACAGAUUCAGUCCAGGCUAAUGUGGUGCACAACUUCCGCGGAAGUUGGAAAGGAGAUGGAGCCUGA